CUCUCUCUCUCUCUCGCUCUCUCUCUCUUAACGUCGUCAGCAUGUCGCGAUCAUCUUAUGACCGAUACUUGACAGUCUUCUCUCCAGAAGGAAGGCUGUACCAAGUCGAAUACGCGAUCAAAGCUAUCUCUGGAGCUGGAAUCACCGCGGUCGCCGUCAGAGGCAAAGAUACUGUCGCCAUCAUCACUCAGCGCAAAGUUCCAGACAAGCUCCUAGAUCCCGAUACCAUCACUCAUAUCUUCCAAAUCACCCCUACGAUCGGGUGUGUCAUGACGGGAUUGAUUGCCGAUGCUCGCGCUCAGGUCCAACGGACAAGGAGUGAAGCUGCAACGUUCAGAUACAAGUUUGGAUACGAGAUCACACCUGCUGCGCUUGCCAAGCGGAUGGCCAAUAUCAACCAAGUGUACACUCAAAGAGCAGGCAUGCGGCCAUUGGGAAUAUCGAUGAUCCUCAUAGGAGUUGAUGAGGAGCUCGGACCCCAGAUAUUCAAACUUGACCCAGCGGGAUACUUUACAGGGUACAAGGCCACUGCUUCGGGACAGAAACAGACUGAAGCCAGCAACUUUUUGGAAAAAAGGUGGAAAGGGAUCGAAGCGGACAAGACGGUCCUAGAUCGAGGAGCAGUUCUGGAGGCCGCCAUCGAGUGCCUGUCUACAGUCUGCGCGACAGAUUUCAAAGCCUCCGAGAUUGAGAUUGGCAUCGCGUCCAUUUCACCGGAUGAGCCUCACCCAGAAGGCAAAGCUGGCGCGGGUGGCAUAGGGAAAUUCAGACAGAUGAGUGAAGAAGAGAGGGGCGAGUGGUUGGUCAGAGUAGGCGAGAAAGACUAGAGGAGGCAUGUACAUGUGACUUGAGAUGCAUAGGAUCGGCAUUUGA